GCGCCACCGCUUCAGCCCAGUCGCAGCGAUCCGAAAGGGAGGCGGCGCAUCGAACUGGGACAGAAACAGCCGUCGUUUGUGCAGCCGGGAGCCAUCAUCGCUUCUCGCCGUCUCCUUCUUCUUUUUCUCCUUCUCGAACCUUCCGCGUCCCUCAUCCGGAUCCCAAAAUGCGCGAAAUUGUGCACCUGCAAGCCGGCCAGUGCGGGAACCAGAUCGGCGCCAAGUUCUGGGAGGUGAUCAGUGACGAGCACGGCAUCGAUCCCACCGGAACGUAUCAUGGCGACAGCGACCUGCAGCUCGACAGGAUCAGCGUCUACUACAACGAGGCCACGGGUGGCAAGUACGUUCCCCGCGCCAUCCUUGUGGAUCUGGAGCCGGGAACCAUGGAUUCCGUCAGGUCCGGUCCCUUCGGUCAGAUCUUCAGACCUGACAACUUCGUCUUUGGUCAGAGCGGAGCCGGCAACAACUGGGCCAAGGGCCACUACACGGAGGGAGCCGAGCUGGUGGACUCGGUCUUGGACGUGGUGAGGAAGGAGGCGGAGAGCUGCGACUGCCUGCAGGGCUUCCAGCUCACGCACUCGCUGGGCGGCGGCACCGGCUCCGGCAUGGGUACGCUGCUCAUCAGCAAGAUCCGCGAGGAGUACCCGGACCGCAUCAUGAACACCUUCAGCGUGGUGCCCUCGCCCAAGGUGUCCGACACGGUGGUGGAGCCGUACAACGCCACCCUGUCGGUGCACCAGCUGGUGGAGAACACGGACGAGACGUACUGCAUUGACAACGAGGCGCUCUACGACAUCUGCUUCCGCACCCUCAAGUUGACCACGCCCACUUACGGAGAUCUCAACCACUUGGUGUCGGCCACCAUGAGCGGCGUCACGACUUGCCUGCGUUUCCCCGGCCAGCUCAACGCCGACCUGCGCAAACUGGCCGUCAACAUGGUGCCCUUCCCCCGCCUGCACUUCUUCAUGCCGGGUUUCGCCCCCCUCACCAGCAGGGGGAGCCAACAGUACCGCGCCCUCUCGGUACCCGAGCUCACCCAGCAGAUGUUCGACGCCAAAAACAUGAUGGCGGCGUGCGACCCGCGCCACGGCCGCUAUUUAACCGUGGCGGCCGUCUUCCGCGGCCGCAUGUCCAUGAAGGAAGUGGACGAGCAGAUGCUGAACGUGCAGAACAAGAACAGCAGCUACUUCGUGGAGUGGAUCCCCAACAACGUGAAGACGGCCGUGUGCGACAUCCCGCCGCGCGGCCUCAAAAUGGCCGCCACCUUCAUCGGCAACAGCACGGCCAUCCAGGAGCUGUUCAAGCGCAUCUCGGAGCAGUUCACCGCCAUGUUCCGACGCAAGGCUUUCCUCCACUGGUACACGGGCGAGGGCAUGGACGAGAUGGAGUUCACCGAGGCCGAGAGCAACAUGAACGACCUGGUGUCCGAGUACCAGCAGUACCAGGACGCUACCGCCGAGGAGGGCGAGUUUGAAGAGGAGGGCGAGGAAGAGGGGGCCUAAAAACCUCCCGAAACGGCCCCCGGCGCCACGAAAUCACCAUUUCCCUUCGCCCGUCGUCCUCCACGUUUUAGCUUCGCCUUCGCCUCUGGUGCGCUGUAGAUGUCGGCUGUGUUCACAAUCAUUCACUCUCGCCCUAAUCGCUAUAUAAAUAUAACAAAUGUACAUUUUUUUUCUUUAAUUAGACAAAGCUAUGUCCUGUCUAAAUUCAGCUCCUCCCCUCACUUCAACACCACGGCUGCUCACGACUCACUACUAAUUUGAUUAGCACGACAAAAAUGACCAACUCACUAUAUAGGUCACUAUCACUUUUUUUGUGUCGUGAUUGAUUCCGAACACGGCCGUUGUGUUAGCGACGCCCGUGAAGGUUUCGCUUGUGUUUUUUUUUUUUUUUUUUUUUUUUUUUUUGCUUAUGUUGUAAAAGCACUGAAUCAACCCUCGUUAUUGGCAACCCUCGCCCUCGCCAUUGUUUGCAAGCCAGCGAGUUUUAACUGUGAAGCCUUUCCAUUGGAGAAGCAUUAAAAAAAAAAGAAAAAACACCAAAAAAAACAACGAAUCUGAUUCAAAGGUUGCUUUUAGCGCCGAUGCGUCUUCAUUGUGUCGUGUGACGCAAACCUCGCAGCAGUUGUAUUCAUUUAUUUCCUAUUGCUCAAUCAUCCAAUUAUGACAUCAAUGAAUAUAAAAAAAAGAUAAAUAGAAAACCUGACUAUAAACAUAUAAAACAUGCAACAAUUAAUUUGGAUAGUAAAAAUGAAAAAAAAUAUAUAUGUUUUUUAAUUAGAAUGGAAAAAACAAAAACACUUAAUAAAAGUUAUUUUACUAAUGGUUUUAUUAUUUACAAUAAAUCAAUUCACCAAUUAUUUAACAAGAUAACUUCAUUUUUGUUUAAAAAUGAAGUUAUCAAUUAAAUAACCCCAAAUUCCUGAUCAUUUAGAAUUGUUGAGGUAGACGUAAGCAUUGAAAGACAACUUGUACAAAUAGGGCAGGUAUUUAUUAGACAAAAGCAUAAAUUAACUGAAAAAAAAAACCGGUCAUGAUAACGUGACACGAGUUGCUCAAAUGAAAUGUUUCGAUAACACGACGUCGAAGCAAACGUCGCACUCGUGUAAACAGCUGUUGAUUCACACCAAAAUGGAGUCGUGCUUGUUGAGGUCCAAAAAGGAAAUAAACGAGCGCUAUUGAUUUCAUACGCAGUGAACAAUAUGUGACAUCAAACAACAUUAAAGCCACUUUAGGACAAAA